UUUUGUGGCUGUAGUAAAAACUAAAACCUGCUAGUUUAUUCAGAUUAUUUAUUUUGAGCGUUUGAAGCAUGUUAUAUAGUUAAAUGUUUGGUCAAAUAUUUCAGCUCGUCUACGGCAAUAAAUUGCGAGUAAGAGUGUGGUACUCGGAUAGUGAACAGUUGAGCUGCGCAGAGUUAAAUUCAGUCACAGCUUGAGCGAGGUGAAGAUAGUCGCGGCUAGACCCUGUUCAUGCUUUGAAUAUGCCCAAUUUUAUAUACUGUUGCAUACUAAAACCGCCGGGUCGAUGGUGAAAAGAAAGAAGACAUCGUCUGCUGUCGAAGAGCAUGAAAAUGGGAUGACAGUUGGGCUGAAAGACUGUGUCGAUGACACGAAUAAUUCGGGCAGAAAGCUUGACGGUUGUGACGAGGAGAGCGGAGAUCAGGGGAGCGAUGAGCGAAGUACAAAGAGAGACGGAAUGGAAAUCCAUACUCUAUCAACUACGGGCUGCACCAGUUCAGCACCGGUUAUUACCACCUCCGUAUCGAACCCGUCUGGACCUUGCUCGAGCCAACAGCCCCGGUCCUCGACAGCACCGAGUCACGACCAGCAUCAUUUUCUGAGAUCCAGCGUUCGACCCCCGAGCAAACGAAUCCGGAAGGAUUCCAUCGCCCCAACUAUCAAUGGUCACAACGGGGAGAAAUCGAAAGGUUCAGAGAAUGGUCCUUUUCACCAGGUAUCGGCUGGUCAGUCCGGCUCCACGUCAGGCUCUACGGGGCCCUCAGGCAAGGCUGCCCCUCGAGGCCAAGGACCCGGGGACAAGGAGGAGCCAGUGGGCUGCCAGAAGAGACCCAGGAGACAGUGGGAGUCCUGGAGUGCAGAGGACAAGAACAGCUUCUUCGAAGGGCUCUACGAGCAUGGGAAGGACUUUGAGGCGAUCCAGACAAACAUAGCGUUGAAGCAUAAGAAGAAGGGGAAGCCAGCCAGCAUGGUGAAGAACAAAGAGCAAGUCCGACACUUCUACUACCGCACCUGGCACAAGAUAUCCAAGCACAUCGACUUCGCCAAUGUGUACUCCCGUGUGCUGAAGAAGUCCUCUCAGGAGCUGUAUGGUCUCCUCUGCUACGCUGAGCUAAGGAAGAAGGUUGGAGGAUUGAUGGACGAUAAGAACGUGGCCAAGCUUAACGAGCUCAUCCAACAGGGGGCGACCACAGUGCGUUCUAAAGGCAGGAAUCUGCGCAUCAAAGCUCCCAUGUGCCGUGCGCUCAAGAGGCUGUGUGACCCAGAUGGAGUGAGUGAUGAAGAGGACCAGAAGCCUGUGCGUCUACCUCUGAAGGUUGCCGUGGAGCUGCAGCCACGUAGCAACCACUCCUGGGCCCGUGUACAGAGUCUGGCCCAUAAUCCUCGCCUCAGGAUGGUGGUGGAGCUGCAUAGGAAGGUGUCCAGCCUGAUCGAGUUCCUGAAACAGAAGUGGGACGUCCAGGAUCAGUUCAUCCUGAAGAGCCUGCAGGAGCGCGAGGCGUUAGAGGGAACCCAACAACACAGUGGUGGCGGUAGCGGCAGCCCUGCUCUCCCCUGCAGCGCAGACGAGGACCUGUUCCUGUACCCAGCUGAGACCAGCACCCUGACCGCCCUGCCCAGCGUAGCCCGUGUGGUCCACUCCAAGGCCUCCUGCACCGUCCACUGGCAGGAGAGCGGCAAGCCCCGCCCCGGCCCCAAGGAGCUGAUCCCCACUGCCCAGAUUCUGGGCAUCCAAGGGGCCCCGCUCCUCCUCCUCCCCUGUGGGGGUGUGGCCAAACCGGGGUGGGGCGGUGGUGGUGGGGAUGCUCGACAGGUAGGGGGCGAGACCCCUGUAUCCACACCUGAAGGAGGAACGUCGGGGGGAGGAGCAGGACCAGAGCACAAGAAUCUGAACCAGAUAACAUCUCCUCCUCCUGUAUGUCCUCUUCCUUCUCCUUCAUCUUUGCUGCUGUUGUCUCUGGCUCAGAAACAGGAGGGUGGUGCAGCCGUGGGGCAGGUGGAAGGGGAGAAGGGGCUGGGGGGAGGACCAGGGGUAGGGAAGGCCUUGGGGGCCAAGGAAGGAGAUGGGGACUCCAUUUCUCAGGGCCAGGGGGGAGGUUCUUGCUCUGCUACUGAGCCGUGCAGGCAUGACGAGCGGACCCCAUUGGUUAAUGGCAGUGACAGUGCCUCUCCAGAGAGGGACUCCCUCCCCCUGUUGGACCCCCUGGUUCCCACCACACCUCCACACACAAUGGUACUGCGACAGGUUGAGGACGUCCCUCCUGACCAGGGGUGGACAGCAGCCCCAGGAAAAGAGGAGUGUGAUGUAGGAGGCAGCACCCCAACCCCGGUGUCUGGCAGUCGGUCGGCCCAGCGGAUCUGUGAUGAGGGCUGGAGCUCGCGGGGGUCAGACAGCAAUGUGACUCUGGCAGAACUGUACCUGAUGCUGGGGAAACCUGGUAAACUGCAGCUGGUGUACGAGUGGCAGCCGGCUGCUGUUGCAGCCCCGGAGCUGGGGGAGGAAGGGCUACAGGGACCAGGGCAGACAUACCCACAGCUACAGUCACCACGCCCUCUGCCCCCACUCUCCACCCACCGCGUCCUGCGCUGUUUGCUCCGGCUGGUGUCAUCAGAGGUCAACCCCAAACCUGCUCCAGAGCUGUUCUCCACAGCCACGUCUCCGGUAAAGCCAUCCCAGGAGGAACAGUUCCUCACCCCCCCAGGCAAGGCCCCGGCUGUGGGGGUACGUAGCCCCAACUGUGGACGACCCCUGGGGGUCCGAGCGGCAAAGCUGAUGUUACCAAACACUGGAUUUUCCGGUCGUAACCUCUCGCGGCCUCUACUGGUGUCCGGGGGGGACUCAGAUGGUGGGGUGUUUGCCGUUCCAACCACCCUGCCCCCCAACAGCGCCCGACACUCCCGCAUGUUCUCUCCCAACAAGGAGGCUGAGCUCGCCUUCCGACAACAGCUCAACUCCAUCAGCAUGCAGUCAGACAUUUUCCUGCCGAAACAAAGAAAAAACAGGAGCCGGCCACUUCGAAAGCCACUCGUGGUCCAGAGAACCCUGCUCCCCCGCACCACUGGAGACACUCCUCAACACGUCUGCUCCUUCUCCAUCCUCUCCAACUCAUCUGCCACUGGAACAGGCUCUUUCCGGCCAAUCCAGCCCCGUCUCUCUCCCUCCACCCAUCCCCUCCUCCCCAGAACUCCGCCCAUCACCUCUGGCCCUAGGAUGUCCAGUCAGCUCUCCAGUGCCAUUGACCUGGCAGCCAAGUCAGCAGGCAUCAUCCCGGGCAGCCCCUGUCGGGAGUUGGAGGCCCCCAGUCCAGACGGAAGGUCCCUCUCGACCUCUCACCCUGGAGUGGUGCAUGCUAGUCCCGGUCCUCCCCAGACAGAGCUCCUUCACCAGGCCUCCUCUGAGUUUUCGCUGCAGAACGGCCUCCCCCCUCUGUCUCCAGGAGUGGCAGGUGACUCUCUCCUCUCCCCGCCCAGCGUGGCCUCUCUGCUGGACAUCUCUCUCCCGGGACCCCUGGAGGAAGCCAUGGCUCCUGGAGGGCCACAAACACACAUCAGUGACUCAAUCAUUGAGCUGGCCAUCAACUCGGCACACUACGGUGAUGAGGCAUCCCUCUCUCCUGCCAAGCUGAAUGGUAGUGAGUGCUCUAAGCUCCUACCCUGUACCUCAGUCAGCCCCUCCAGAGGCUGGAUCCCUUCCCCCAGCCAUGACCCUCAGUGGUACCCCAACGACUCCACUGACUCUUCAUUUGGCUGCCUGCUAUCAAGCCUGGUGUCCCCUGAUAAGGGUAGACGAAGCUCCCUGACCCCCUCCGGCCCCUCCAGUGGAACAGCCCUCUUCGGACCAAGAUUUCUGGACUGCAACUCCCAUGAUUCCUUUCAGUCCCGUGGCCUGCCAGACGUAGCAGAGGUAGACACCCAGCUGGCCUGCAUGAUGAGUGAGAGCAGUGUGGAUUACAUCGCCCGCUUCAACGAUUUGGCACAGGAGCUGGCUGUCACAGAGCCGCACCUCCUGCCACCUUGAGUGAAGAAAGGUCUGUCAGUUGCCCCUCCCACACCUUCAAAAGUGCAAGGACAAAGUGGGUGGAGAAACACUCCUUCCCCUAUAUAGUUUGUGAAAGAAAGUGCAAUGCCCAUGGCCUGAACAGAAGAAGCACUCAGAUCUACCUUGGAACAGUCCAACUGGAACAGGUUUAAACUGGUUCUGAUGGUUUCAACUGGUUCUGAAAUGGUUACCUCUGGUUCUGAAGGUCUGUGGUCUGGUUUCAACGGCUUCUGUGGACCAGUUUCAACUGGUUCUUAUGGGUUCUGACCAGUGUCAACUUGUUCUAACGGGUUCCAGCUGGCUUGUUUGUUUGGACCAUUCUGUCUGUUCUGCCUAGCGAGCAGGCCUUAUAUAUGUAUAUGUAUGUAUAUGUAUGUAUAUGUAUGUAUA